AUGGUGAAAUCAUAUUUGAAAUUCGAGCACUCGAAAACCUUCGGCCUCGUCACUUCGGCCUCGUCCAAUGCGGUCUGGACUAAAAACGAAGAUGUCUCCGGCACUGCACGACGCACUGGUGCAGGGCGCGCUAUAGUGGGCGCAAACGAGGAGGUUCUUUGCUGGGAUGUGAAAAAUGGAGAGUUGCUAGGUCGCUGGCGGGACGCCGAUUGCAAAGCCCAAGUGACCGCUAUAACGCAGAGCAAAGCAGAUGAUGAUAUUUUUGCUGUCGGUUACGACGACGGCAGCAUUCGUUUAUGGGACUCGAGAAUCAACACUGUCAUUAUCUCAUUUAAUGGCCAUCGAAACGCAAUCACGCAGCUCGCCUUCGACCAGUCGGGUGUUCGACUAGCUAGUGGCUCCAAAGAUACAGAUAUCAUUGUGUGGGAUCUUAUUUCCGAGGUCGGCUUGUACAAGCUUCGGGGCCAUACUGAUCAAAUCACGUCUUUGAAUUUCCUUUCACCAAUUGAGGAAAAUGGCGCGGGACUGUCAGAGCAGAAUGAGACUGGUGGCUUCCUGCUUUCUACGGGCAAGGAUUCUUUAAUCAAGUUAUGGGAUCUCUCUUCACGACAUUGCAUUGAGACCCAUGUAGCUCAGAGCAAUGGGGAGUGCUGGAGCUUAGGAUUGUCGCCAGACCAAACCGGUUGCGUAACGGGCGGGAAUGAUGGAGAGUUGAAAGUGUGGUCGAUCGAUGAGAAGGCUAUGCAAGAAGUGGCUAAAGAAAAGGAAGGGUACGAGAAUAAGAGGAUACUCAUUGAGCGAGGAAGUUUCUAUCGACAGAACAAAGACCGAACAAUCGGGAUUACUUUCCACCCUCGCGCAGAUUACAUUGGUAUUCACGGGGCAGAGAAGGCCGUUGAAAUUUGGCGGAUUCGUUCGGCGACUGAAGUGCAAAAAAGCAUUGCAAGAAAACGAAAGAGAAGAAAAGAGAAAGAAUCAUCGAAUGAAGACAAUUCAGAGCAAAAGAAAGACGAAGUUGAUGAUAAUGCACCUCCACCAAUCACAGAAGUAUUUGUACCACAUGUGAUUGUGCGAACUGCCGGAAAAUUGAAGUCGUUCGCUUGGAUCACCGCAAAAGCCUCUGGUGAUCUGCAAAUUAUGACUGCGACUACGAACAACGAGAUAGAGACUUAUCGCGUUGUACCGGCUGGGAAGAAGAAAUCUAAAGAUAGCGAGGAGGUUGAGUACAGCCGAAAUUUCGCAGUCGACCUGCCUGGACAUCGCACUGACAUACGGUCCUUGGCCCUGAGCUCAGAUGACAGGAUGCUGGCAUCGGCAUCUAAUGGUAGCUUGAAGAUCUGGAACGUACGAACACAGAGCUGCCUUCGAACCCUAGAUUGCGGUUAUGCCUUGUGUUCUUCAUUCUUACCCGGUGACAAGAUCGUCGUGGUUGGGAAUAAAAAUGGGGAGCUCGAAGUUUUUGAUAUCGCAUCCUCAACGCUCCUCGAUACGAUAAAGGCACACGAUGGCCCCGUGUGGACACUGCAAGUCCACCCGGAUGGCAAGUCAAUGGUGACUGGAAGUGCAGAUAAGACUGCCAAAUUUUGGAAUUUUCAGGUCGUGCAGGAAGAAAUUCCCGGCACAAAACGAACAACACCAAAGCUAAAGCUUGUGCAUAGCCGGACUUUGAAAGUGGCAGACGACAUUCUCAGUGUGCGAUUCUCACCAGACUCGAAACUUCUUGCUGUCGCGUUACUCGAUAACACGGUCAAGGUGUUUUUCGUCGACACUCUGAAGCUUUUCCUAAAUCUCUACGGACAUAAAUUACCAGUGCUCAAUAUGGAUAUUUCAUACGACAGCAAAAUGAUUGUGACAUGUUCCGCUGAUAAGAAUGUCCGUCUCUGGGGCUUGGAUUUUGGAGAUUGUCACAAGGCCUUCUUUGCGCACCAAGAUAGCAUCAUGGCAGUUGCUUUUAUGCCGAACAAUAACGAAGGAAACGGCCACAAUUUCUUCAGCGCCAGUAAGGAUCGUGUGAUUAAAUACUGGGACGGGGACAAGUUUGAGCAAAUCCAGAAGCUUGAAGGUCACCACGGAGAGAUCUGGGCGCUUGCCAUGAGCCACUCAGGCGAGUUUCUUGUUAGUGCUAGCCAUGACAAGAGUAUUCGCGUUUGGGAUCAAACAGAUGAGCAGCUUUUCUUGGAAGAAGAACGCGAGAAGGAGCUAGAAGAGCUAUACGAAAACACUCUCACCACGUCCCUUGAAGACGAAGAGAAUGGCGAGGAGAAAGCCGAAGCAGUCGACGCUGGUAAGCAGACUGUAAUCACUCUCAUGGCUGGUGAGCGAAUUAUUGAGGCGCUCGACAUGGGCAUGGAGGACUUAGAAGUCAUGCGGCAAUGGCGGGAUACAAAAUCGAGAAACCCUAACGCAGCACCACCGCAACGAAACCCAGUCUAUAUUGCAUUGGGGAAUAUUUCGGCGGAACGCCAUCUUCUAAACAUCGUACAAAAGAUCCCAGCUGCUUCACUGCAAGACGCUCUACUAGUCUUACCAUUUUCAAAACUCGACGCCCUCUUCACUUUCCUUGAAAUAUGGGCAAGUCAUCAGUUAGAGAUUCCAUUGACAUGUCGCAUACUAUUCUUCAUGCUUAAGACACACCAUCGUCAAAUAGUCUCUAGCAAGUUUAUGAGGCCAAUGCUUGAUCGCAUCCGGUCGACGCUUCGAGAGGUUUUGGCCAAACAAAAGGACGAAAUGGGCUUUAACCUUGCUGCUCUACAUUUUAUUGGUGGCCAGAUCCGUGACCAUGGAAGCAAAAGCUACAUCGAUGAGGAUACGUGGGAGGACCAGCAAAUCUCAAGAACCUCUACAGGGGUUAAGCGAGGAUAUGUGAAUAUUGCUUAG